ACAUAUAGAAGCGUUGGUUACGUACAAGUGUCAAAAUUUGCCAAAUGUCAAUUCGACCUUGACGUUAAUUUCUUUUCAAGUUUAGCUCCGCUCUUUGCAAUCAUGGCGGUGAACAAUAUUUCUAAAAAGCGAAAAUUCGUCGGAGACGGAGUAUUUAAAGCCGAGUUAAAUGAGUUUCUUACUCGGGAACUCGCUGAAGAUGGUUACUCAGGUGUGGAAGUACGCGUGACUCCGACACGGUCGGAGAUCAUCAUCAUGGCCACCCGCACCCAGAGCGUGUUAGGAGAGAAAGGACGUCGCAUCCGGGAACUAACAUCAGUUGUGCAGAAGAGAUUCAACAUCCCUGAACAGUCUGUUGAGCUCUACGCAGAGAAGGUUGCCACUCGUGGUCUUUGCGCCAUCGCUCAGGCUGAAUCUCUCAGAUACAAACUUAUCGGAGGUUUGGCUGUUAGACGUGCAUGCUACGGUGUUCUGAGGUUCAUCAUGGAAUCUGGUGCUCGUGGGUGUGAAGUUGUAGUAUCAGGAAAGUUGCGAGGACAGAGAGCUAAAUCCAUGAAGUUUGUUGAUGGGCUCAUGAUUCACUCAGGAGACCCCUGCAAUGACUAUGUCAAUACUGCCACCAGACACGUACUUCUUAGACAAGGAGUGCUUGGUAUCAAGGUGAAGAUUAUGUUGCCAUGGGACCAACAGGGCAAGAAUGGACCCAAGAAGCCUCAGCCAGAUCACAUUCUUGUGACUGAGCCCAAGGAUGAGCCAAUUCCAACAGAGCCCAGUUCUGAUGUGCGGUCAUUGGCCCCUACAGCUCUUCCACCCGCUGUACCGCCCACAUUACCCGCUGCGCAGCCCGCGAUUGCGUAGACUGUAUAUAAUAUAAGACCAACCAACUAA